AUGUCGCUGGGCGCCUCGUCGACGCCAGUUGGUGGUGCACCGGGCCAUGGGGCCAGCGGAUCAACGAGUGUCACUAGAACUCCCAUGACCCUCAGCUCCAAUAAUGACCCCAGUGCCUUCGUUCUGCCCACCAGCCCGUCCAAGAACGGUCGUGGAAGCGAUGGUUACCGUCCAACGGUGAAGAAGUCCACCGGACAGAUCCCCGCCUGCCUUGUAAACGCAUCCGUAACCUACUGUGGAAAUAACCAGAUAUAUGCAUUUGGUGGAUUUGAUCAGUACACAGACGAAGGCCAUACCGCAACCCUAUAUCAGGACGACAAGCUGAUUGUUUUUGGCGGCGAGAACGAGCGUCGUGAAUACCUUUCCGACAUCGUGAUUCUAGACCUCAGUACGUCCACAUGGACAUCCCCCGAAAUUCGUGGACCCCUGCCGAGAGGUAGGGCUCGCCAUGCAGCCGUCAUCCACGAAGAUAAGCUGUUUGUGGUCGGUGGCGUGACUGGCGAAACCAACUAUAUUCUCGACGAGAUAUGCUACCUAGAUCUGAAAACUUGGACCUGGUCCCGGACUUGGAGCUUCAUUGCUCGCUUCGAUCACGCUGCCUGGGUUUGGGGAGACCGACUUUGGGUUUUCGGGGGACUUGGUAUCGACAUGGAACGUGGAACGGAUCUAUGGUGGUUGGAUUUGAAAGGAAGCCCGGCCUUUAUGGGCACUUCAACAUCCUCUCAAGGUACCGUGGGAGCCCCAGGACUUACGAACAGGAUGACUUACAGCCCAGAUAUGCGAUUUAGUACCCCAUCCCAGGUUACAGGGCGUGCGAGUGGCUAUGCACCCAACUCGGGUAGUGUCCAAGUUCGAUCGUUAGCUAGACGGAGACCUAAUGCCCCUGGAGCCAUAUCCUCGGUGAAAUUUCACUCCGGCCCGUAUACUCCGGUUUUGCUCUCUGGAACACAUUUCCACGUCUACACUUCCGGCGUCCUUCUUGACCUGGUCACCCCUUCCGAGACCGUUCGCCCAUGGGAAUGUAAUCUAUCGUCGUUGGAGUUGGAUUCAUUGCGCUGGCAAAGGCUAGCUGAUGGCCCCGAGAUAUUUAAGUCCGGGUAUCGCUGGCAUUACUGCACCGUCAAUGAGGAUGGAACCAAGGCAUGGCUACUCGGCUGCAAUCUGAAUAUUGCAAAUGCACCAGGUAUGGGCGAUGAGAAUCAUUUAAGCGAAGUUCUUUCCAUCGACCUGGAGCGAUACGGUGUUCUGGGUAAUGAAUCUCUUGGUCCAUCCCGAUCGCUAGCGGAUGGCCAACAAGCAUCCCAGAUGUCCGUGUUGGGAGCAGAGCUAGCUGCUGUUUUCGACUUACCUCCAGAAUCAGGUAGCGGAACGGACUUUAUGAUCACCGCCGACUGCGAUGACCGUGGAUAUUCCAGUGAUGAUGAGUUUGCGUUAGUGACUGACGCAUCCCAACCGCCCACCUUUUUACCUGCCGACGCCGCUACUUCUGCUCCAAUUCACGUGCAUCGAAUUAUACUCCAAGCACGUUGGCCUCAUUUCAAACGACUAUAUGCGGCGCAAAUGGCCGAAUACCACACAAAGAGGAUGCACAUUCCCGAACCAUACAAAGUGGUUCGUGCAUUUCUUUAUUAUUUAUACACAGAUAGUAUUUCAUGUCAUCUUGAGUUUUGUCCGGAUAUUACUGAAGUCGCAGGAAUGCUGGUGAUGGCAAAUCUUUACGAUAUGCCACGGCUGCGCCAACUGUGUGUGCAUCGGCUAAGCCGCGAAUUAGCAGUUGAAAAUGCUGCUAUCGUCUGGGAACGCGCCGGACGGACGAACGAAGAAUGGCUUAAGCAACGUGCCGCUGCAUUCUGUAUGACCAACUGGGGACGCAUCGUAAGGACGGAAGGUUUUCGAAGCCUCAGCCGACAAAGUCUCAUGGAGCUAUGCGAAGUAGUAGACACGGAAGGCCGAGUGGUAGCGGGCCAUGAGCUGGACUACGGUAGCUGGGCGAAUGAUCGGUUUGACCCGACUGGAGACAGCAAACGGGCCCUCCCACCUCUUGUCGGCGACGGUGAAGAUGUUGAAGUUGAUGAAGAUGACGGCAUGGAACUUUCAUGA